AUGGCGGAUGCUAAUGUGGCGGUGCUGCUGGUGACCGUGUGUUUGGUACUGGUCGGACUGGUGGCAGGACUGAGUUUACAGUGGGCUCUGCUGCCGGUCGGCGUGGUCCUGUUCAUCUUUAUACUGGCGCGCGGACUCAAAGCGCGCGACCCGUUCGCUCACCUGAACGUGUGUGUGCUCGUGCUGGGUGAUCUGGGCCGCAGUCCGCGCAUGCAGUAUCACGCGCUGUCUCUCAGCAAGCAUGGAUAUAAUGUCACUCUCAUCGGCUUCCUCGGUACUAAACCACAUCAAGACCUUCUUGAGGAUGACCGAAUCGACAUUGUUUCCAUUUCAGAACGCAAAGGGCUAAAAGUUGGCCCUAAUGUUGUUAGAUAUGUCACCAAGGUAAUAUCGCAGUGUCUGCAGCUCUUUUACAUCUUAAUGAAGCUGGAGGAUCAGGCUUAUAUACUUCUACAGAAUCCUCCUGGGCUGCCGAGUAUUGCAGUAACGUGGUUGGUGAGUCGAAUCACGGGAGCUCAGUUCAUCAUCGACUGGCACAAUUAUGGAUACUCCAUCAUGGCUUUAACUCAUGGGGAGAAACAUGUGUUGGUGAAGCUGGCAAAAUGGUAUGAGAAAUUCUUCGGCAAAUUCUCUGACCACAAUCUGUGUGUCACGAAUGCAAUGAGACAUGAUCUUCAGAAGAACUGGAACAUAAAGGCAACGACUUUAUACGACAAACCACCUUCAAUAUUUCGAGAAACACCUUUAAAGCUUCGACAUGACCUGUUUAUUCAUAUGGCCAGUGCUUACCCACCAUUCCGAGCUUGUUCUGGAAUGAGCAAGGAAAACGUUGAGCUGUCUGCAUUUACUGAACGGAAUUCUAAAACAGGAGAGGUGGUGCUAGCCCCUGGACGACCUGCACUUCUUAUCAGCAGCACAAGCUGGACUGAGGAUGAGGACUUCUCGGUUCUUUUAAAGGCACUGGAAGAUUAUGAAAGAUUUGUGGAAGCAGGGGAGCGUCUUCCAUCACUAGUCUGUGUCAUCACAGGCAAAGGCCCUCAAAAGGAAUAUUAUCAGAAGAUGAUCAAUUCCAAGGAGUUAAAACAUGUGAAGAUUUGUACUCCAUGGCUGGAAGCUGAGGAUUAUCCAGUUCUGCUUGGUUCGGCUGAUCUUGGCGUCUGCUUACACAAGUCUUCAAGUGGUCUUGACCUUCCAAUGAAGGUGGUGGACAUGUUUGGUUGUUGUCUGCCCGUCUGUGCCAUACACUUUCAGUGCUUGGACGAGCUGGUGAAACACGAGGAGAAUGGCCUGAUCUUCAAAGACUCAUCUGAGCUGUCUGAGCAACUAAAGAUACUGUUUUCAGAAUUCCCCAACGACGGGGGUAAACUGAGCCUCUUCCGAAGAAACCUCCGUGAAAGCGGGCAGCAACGGUGGGAUGAGAACUGGGACCAAAAUGUUCUGCCUCUGUUUAAGGAACACUGUGACUGAACAGUAGCUAAAUUGAUACCAACAACAAUAAGGUCAGGUCACAUUAAUCGUACAGGGUAACAAACAUUUUAGGUCAUCAGCAUUCCAGCAAUUCCAUUGGACAAAACUUGAACAUGAGAAUAAGAAGCACACUACGUGUAAAUACAAUGUACAUGAGCACUUUAUUCCAAAAAAAACAAAACAUUUUGCCAUAUCAAUGUACCUUGAUUAUUUCUAUGGACGAUGUUCUAUCGUACGGGAAGACUUGCAUGAUGGGAUUCGUAAUGAUGACAUGUUUUAAACCAGCCUUUUCUGUACACAACAAUAUGUUACUUUUUUAUUCAUCAGGAAUGCCUGUUCUGACGUUGCAUUAUGCAUUUUAAUGUUAUUAUUACAAACAUGGAUAUUUAACUCACCCAGUUCAUUCUUAAAGUAGCUGUAUGUCUCAGGGUUGCGCACGGUUGAAGAAAUGUAAACUUCAGGACUCUUCUGCUGGGUUCUACAGUUCAAAAGUUUGUCCAGAAGACUUACCAGACAGCCAAUUAUAUCAGGAUCAUAAACCACAUCUGUAAUGAUGAUAAAUAAUGAACUAGUGUUUUAUUUAGCUCAUUAAAAAAACAAAGAUGGAACAUUUAAUUAAUGAUAAAAAUACAAUUAUCAGUAAAUAAAGUUGCCCGUUAUUUCAAAAUUAGUUGCAAACAUGAUCAAUAUAAUGAACUAUUAUGAAACAAGCAAUCACGAUCGACCACUCACCUGCUGCUACGAUGAUAUCGGCCUCAAUUCUUUGCAGUUCUUCUUUCUUCACGUUUUUCCAGUCCAGUUCUUCCACACACACCGAUACUCCUGUAUCAUCCUGCUCGGUCAAACCAUUGUGCUUGAUGUUAUUAUUAAGUCUCUGUAGCACGCUUUGAUGACAGUCACUGAAAAUGUAUUUCAUGGGUUUGCAAGCUGAACAGAUUGCUAUACCAGUGAGUCCUGCUCCACUGCCCAGCUCCAGCACAGUCCUGUGGGCACAGCAGAGAAAAGAGUUCAGCGUACGGAGUGAUCGAUGGGAACAGUACCAUUUUUGCCUGCAUUGUAUAGAACAAUUCAGAAAAUAAUUAGGAAUAACUAAAUAACUGCAAUAAAUAUGAUUUUGUAAUUA